AACAGCCUAUUUCAACCAGGCGUCUGGUUUAUGAAUCAGUUUGUCUAACUGCACACACGCAUCACAACUUAGUAGACCUAUUUCAAAGUUUUCCUAUCUAAAUUCACAUGAAAGGUGACUAUUUUUGGUCUGCGUAAUAACACAUUUGAACGCGGCUGGGGUUUAAAAUGUCUAUGAUGGGAUUGUGUUUCCGUUGCCAUGUAGGUGACAUCAGCAUCUGGGGCGCUACGUAGUGGACAAAGUGAACUGGGCGGGGCUUGUAUGGGCUUUCCCCGACUUACCUACUCAACUUCACUCACUGCCAAAGAAGCAGACUCAGAUCCGCUUAGAAGCAAGAAGAGUGACAGUCCGAGUGUGAAAAGAAGAAAACAAAAUGGAACGGAGUAUUUACUGAUUUGAGAAUUUGACGUGGUGUGCGCAAACGUUCUAGGCUACUUGUCUUUGUGUCAGUGAACGGAAAGUAAAAGCGGUCAGCACCUAUGGUGUACGUGAUGGGGAUGCAGCCUGAGGGUCUUCGCGCUCGGAGGCGCUCAUCUGUGGAUGAGUUGUUUGACGCGGGCGCGUGGAGGAUUCGGAAUAUUUGGGAUGGUGUAAAGUUGGAGAUUACGCCAGCGGAGGAGAACCCCGUGGUCCUGAACAGCUUUACGCACCUGGACCCCGACUUGCCUGUCCUUGAGAACUCCACGCAGGAGAUCGGGGAGGAGGUGGAGGACGGGGCGGUGUACACCAUCACGCUGCGCAAGGUGCAGCUGCACCAGACGGCCAGCAAGGGGCAGCGCUGGCUGGGCGUGGAGACGGACGCGGCCCUCAGCCUGUACGAGACCUGCAAGGUGCGCAGCAUCAAGGCGGGCACGCUGGAGCGCCUGGUGGAGUACAUGCUCACGGCCUUCAAGGGCAAGGACUCCACCUACGUCACCAUCUUCCUCUGUACCUACAGGGCCUUCGCCACCACCAGCCAGGUGCUACACCUGCUGCUGCACAGGUAUGCAAAUCUGCAGUCCCAGCCUAAUGCACUGGAGUAUCGCAUGCAGGAGGAUCACACAGAGCUGAAAAAUACCAUCUCCUCCAUCCUGGGCGCGUGGCUUGACCAGUACUCUGAGGACUUCUGGUCUCCUCCGGACCACAGCUGCCUACGGGAGCUGGUCUCGUAUCUGCAGGACAACUUCCCCGGCUCCGACCUGGAGCGCAGAGGACACAACCUCCUGGAACACUUCCAGCGCAGGCAACACUUUGAGUCCGAUGUGGAUGCACCAGGAGAGGUUGGUUCCUGCCCGUUCGCCACUCCAGAGGAGAACGCCUUUGAUGACGAGCAUCCUGCCCCGGACUUCAUGUGCUUUGACCCAGCACUGGUGGCCGAGCAGUUCACCCUCAUGGACGCUGAGCUGUUUAAGCGUGUGGUGCCGUACCACUGUCUGGGGGGCAUCUGGUCUCAGAGGGACAAGAAGGGCAAGGAGCACCUGGCGCCCACCAUCCGUGCCACCGUGGCCCAGUUCAACAGCGUGGCCAACUGCGUCAUCGCCACCUGCCUCAGCCAGCCCUCCGGCCUCAAGCACGGCCAGCGGGCACGCCUCAUAGAGCGCUGGAUAGAGGUGGCCAGGGAGUGUCGCAUUCUGAAGAACUUUUCAUCUCUGAGGGCGAUUCUGUCCGCGCUGCAGUGUAACUCCCUUCACCGACUCAAACGCACCUGGGAUGAAGUGUCCAGGGAGAACAUCCGCACCUUUCUGGAGCUCUCCGAGAUCUUCUCCGAUGACAACAACCACUCUGUGAGUCGGGAGCUGCUGGUCAAGGAGGGGACGUCUAAAUUUGCCACACUGGAGAUCAACCACAAGAGGGCGCAGAGGAGGCAUCAGCAGCAGAGAGAGCUGGGAGUUAUGCAGGGCACCAUCCCCUACUUGGGCACCUUCCUGACGGACCUCGUAAUGAUGGACACUGCCAUGAAGGACCAUGUGGAGGGGGGACUCAUCAACUUUGACAAGCGUAGGAAGGAGUUUGAGGUGAUCGCCCAGAUCAAGCUUCUGCAGUUGGCGUGUAACAACUACAGCUUCAGGCGAGACGUGCGCUUCAGAGAAUGGUUCAGCAGCGUGGAGAAACUCAGCGAUGCGGACAGCUACACUCUGUCGUGUGAGAUAGAGCCGCUCUCUGAAUCGGCCUUCAGCACCAUGAAGGGCAGAAAGGCCAAUGGCGUCGUCAAGCGCAUGAGCGAUCGUCAGUGCACGGAGAACGGCGAGGCCAGCAGCCCCGGUAGUGUUGGCAGUCGGAUCGGCCCGCCCCACUCCAAGUCCAUGGACCAGCUGAGGUAUCCGUCACCGCAGGCCAGGUCGAAGGUCAGCGCGUGGGACGGUGGGGACACUCUGAGCGUGACCUCCGCCGGGUCCAGCAGCUCGGACCUGGAGGGGACCAACGACAGCUUCCUGUCCGGCUCCCCGGACUCCGUCCAGGACCGGAAGCAGCUGUGGGAGUCCUCGUCCCUGUGCUCGCUGGACACCUCGGGCAUGGGCUCCAGCUCCAGCUCCUCCUGCACCUCCUCCUCCUCCGUCUCCUCCACUCCCCUGCCUCCCUCCUCCUCCACCCCCACCUCCUCCACCUCCUCCUCCUCCUCCACGCGUACCCAUAAGCGUUCUGCCUCGGCGGCCUCCUGCUCCUCCUCCCUCUCCCUCUCGCUGCCCCUCCACAACCAACAGGUGGACGACUGCUGCGUCAUCCGCGUCAGCCUGGACCUCAACGACGGCAACUUGUACAAGAGCAUCCUGGUGACAAGCCAGGACAAGACUCCGGGUGUGAUCAAGAAGGCCAUGGCAAAACAUAACCUGGAAACCGAGAAGGCAGAGGACUAUGAGCUACUGCAGAAGGUCUCAGAGGAGAAAGAGCUGAGAAUCCCAGACAACGCCAACGUCUUCUACGCCAUGAACUCCGCGGCCAACUACGACUUUGUGCUGAAGCGGCGGGACAUGCCCCGCACCACGCGCUCCAAGAGCAUGAGCAGCGCCAGCACCUCCACGUUGCCCCGGAUACGGCAGAAAGGCCUCAGGAUCGUCAAGGGCAUCCUCUGAAGGAGACGCGUGGCUCCCCGCAGGCUCCACCUUCCUUUUAGAGACAUCUUUUGCCUUGCGGAGGUGUGAGUCGCGCGCAGCGUCUUAAUCACUUAGAGGUCAGAGACGGAGAGUAACUGUGGAGCAGUGGUGCCCGUGAGUGGGUCUUAGCUUAAACAAACCCCCCCCUCCACCACCUGCCAUGAACCCAGAAGCUGCACUUGCCUGGCCAGUGGAUGGGAUGCUUGCUUGCAUGGGGCUGGCUGGCUGCAGAGAUGGAUUUGGAUGGACUAAAAAGGUGGUGUUAGAAGGGUCUGUGCAGAAAAAUUCUGUCCGACAAACGUGAACAAGGACAUUGAGUGUAUGGACGGACGCCAUACGUCAGUGCUGAAUCAUCACAUCAGGGUUGUCAAGUCACGCUUCACGCUGCUGCACACAGUGGUUUGAGGCACGCCAACCACACACACACACACACACACACACACACACACACACACACACACACACACACACACACACACACACACACACACACACACACACACACACACACACACACACACACACACACACACACACACACACACACACACACACACACAGGGGAGCACCGCACCUUUAUUUUGUGAACUUUAAAAGGUCAUUCUGGUGCACACUGGCACUUUAAAAGGUCAUUUGGUCUCUCACCAAGUGAACACCAAGCUAAUGUCAUAAACUCUACUUCAGACUGCUUUUCUUGCUUUGCUUCCUCUCCCUCACCUGAGGUUUCAGCUGAUGUCUUCAAACAAAGUGCACUCUUGUCUUAGCCCUGUAACUCGCUACACAAGGACACUUGCUUUACAGUGCACUCGAACCAGGAGAAGACGGCUAACGAGGGAUCAUUCGCCUGUGAAACAAAUGUUCACUGCAACUACUACAAGGACUGCAGGACCUGACAAAAUCUGGAACUUUUCCUUCAAGAAAUAGACCAUGUUUUCCCUGUACAGUUUCACUACAAGAUUCUGUUUACUGUUUUUGGCUGUGUAAAUGUGCCGAAUGUUGCGCUUGUGACAGUCUUGCACUUGUGACAGUCCUUGUGUGUAGAGGAGAGUCUCCAGUGACCACCUGGUGAUAAAGGCCUGCGGGGACCUAAUGAUGGGAACCUUCUGUCUGGGUUUUGAGGAGCUCUGACCCAGUCCGUGAGCUCACCGUGGACUGCAGAGGAGGUUCAUCCAGAUGGGUCCCCCCCGCCUCAUGGAUUCUGGAUGCAGAGCGGCGUGUGAGGAGACGACGACUCCUCGGGACUAACACAAUAAUAAGAGAUGGCGGCGGGCGGGAGACUGCCUGGCUGCCAAUGAAACGGCAGUGCUCCUGAGGCAACAAGCUCUUAGGCUGGACUGUGAAUACAAAAUGGAUCAUGCUGUGUGCUUGCACUUUUGCCCUAAGAUACUGUGCUGUUUACCUUUGUGCUUUACCUGAAGUCCCAUUUUGACUUUCCAUGCUGUUGUCUCGCUCUCUGUGUAUUGUGAAUGGCCUUCUCUCGUCUUCUCCUCCUACAGCCACUGUGACUUGUCUGUUGUUGAGCACUGUGAUUGGCCCGUUCUUGCCUGAGCUGAGCUGUGAUGCUAUUGACUGUUUGAGCUUUGACUGUCUCUCUGUAUACGUCUUUAUCUCAGUGAGAAGCUGCUCGCCUGCUUGUCUUUCUCAUGUUCUAUCCCUGCGAGGCAGCAAAUAUUCGUUUGACAGUAAGCAGCACUUAAUGGCACUCGUCGUUACAGCUUCAGACAUGAUCUAUCCCACAGGCCAUCCGCUGACUCAUCAGUGCAUGUUUACUCGAGUCUGAGACGUUACAUGUUCAACCAUAAAGAGGUUAAAUUGCCAUAAGCUUUUUUUCUUUACCAGCAAGUAUUACAAGAACAGACAAGAUGAUGAGCCAAAUAUCGCCUAUGUUAACAGAAAAGAAAAGCAUUAUUUUAUACAAGAAUAUGAAUGUGGUGUUUCUUUGACUGUUUCUCUGCCUUGGACCUUGGAUGGGUUUUUUUUACAGUUAAUGUUUACAAAAACAGCACCCACUGACUUACAGGAGUUUGACCAGAAUUUAAUGAAAAUGCUACGUUUACAUAAUGCAGAACGCAAGAGUCAACCUUGUGUUUUCAGUAUUGAAUUCCUAUUGAGAUUCAUUUACAUUUGUUAGCCAUCCCAUUGUAAGUCUGUGUGAUUGCGGAAAUUCAUUACCAUUCGUGAGAAACCAGACCGAUCUAGGUACUCUUGCAGAAGUCAUUCAACAUGUAAUGGCCAAUUCAGAAUGCCACAUCAUUUUCCCUUUCCUGUCUGUUUUUUGGCAAUCUUGUGCCUUGCUAUUAUUUAUUAAUCUGUAUAUAUUGACACCGCCCUGUACAGAAUGUAUUUUUCCAUUGUAAUAAUUAAAAUUAAUAUAUGCACAUUUGUAUGCAGAAACACUACAUUUCUAAGAAAAUGAAAUAAAUUGAGGUUACCUUAAUUAACCGUA